GCCGCCACCAAAACAACAGAGAAAGAAAAAAACCCAAGCCCUUAUGGUAUUUGGGGAAUUCUGACGUUUUAAACAAAACCUAAAAAACUGUUUAAAAAAACAAACUUAGAGUGGACGGAAAAUACGAGAAGACUGUGAUGUGUGUAAGGAAUGGUCUGGAGCAGUGAGAGGUCGCAGGAGCCUCGUCAGUAGCUGUCACCACGGCGGGGGAUCUCCGAACCUCCGUCUGCAAGGUGGUCAUCUACCUCCAAAAGGACAUGUCCGGGGACCGCUGCCUGCCGCAGCACCACAUCCAGGAUGAGCCCACCUCCCCCCAUCCCCUUGUGGUCUGUCCCAAGACCAGAACCUGUGGUUAUCGAGAGGCCGCGAGUCUGGGCAACAAAUAUGUCCGCCUCAACGUUGGAGGGAUGCUGUUUUUCACCCCGCUGCAGGUGCUAACCAGGCAGAAUUCUCUGCUGAAAGCCAUGUUCAGUGGGAAGAAAGAAGUCUUCACUGAUAAGGAAGGUUGGAUCCUGAUCGACCGGAGCGGGAAGCACUUCAACAGCAUCCUGAAUUACCUGCGUGAAGGUACCGUCACCUUACCCAAAGGUCGUCAGGCUGUCCAGGAGCUGCUGGCUGAGGCCAAGUACUACCUCCUCCAGGGCCUUGUAGAGCUGUGUCAAAAUACCCUGCAGGACAAUAAAGAGCAACCGAUGUGUGUUAUACCUGUGAUUACUUCGUGUAAAGAAGAGGAGCAGCUCAUCCAGUCAUCCUCCAAGCCUGUGGUGAAGCUGUUGUACAACAGAAGCAACAACAAGUACUCCUACACCAGUAACUCCGAUGACAACCUGUUGAAGAACAUCGAGCUGUUUGACAGGCUGUCCCUCAGCUUCAACAGCCGCGUCCUCUUCUUUAAAGACGUGAUCGGAGACGAGAUCUGCUGCUGGUCCUUCUACGGUCAGGGUCGCAAGCUGGCUGAGGUGUGCUGCACCUCCAUCGUCUAUGCCACAGAGAAGAAGCAGACCAAGGUGGAGUUCCCUGAAGCUCGGAUCUAUGAGGAGACCCUGAACUCGUUGCUGUAUGAGACCAUGCCGCUGCCGGACAACUCCCUGCUGGAGGCCACGCGGCGAAGCUACAACAACUGUGGCUCCCUGAGCGAGGAGGAGGAGGGGCCCGGGGGGGCCGAGCUUCGCGAGCGCGUCCGGAGAAUUCACGUGAAGAGGUACAGCACGUAUGAUGACCGCCCACUGGGACACUGAGACUGAAACCCACACCGCACCUUGGACUGAGCUCAACCCUACCUUUAUUUCACUAGAAAUGGUUUUCCUUAUUUUCUCUACAAAGAUCUACAGGAGGUCCAGAUUGUUGGUCCUUCUUAAUCAAAGGCUCCACAGCAUCUACGUUGUAUUUGACAGAACUGUGGCUAUUAUUUCACUAAUGUGUAUAACUGUUGGACUUAUCAGCUACAUCAGCUGGAAAAUAUCUUUCCUAAAGAAUGUAUUUUUUUUCACAGUCAAACAAUUGACAAAUAUGUACCAGUUCCAGUUAUUAUGGAACCGUUCCUGUGCCUCUAAUACUUUGUAAUGCUGCUCAAAAUACUGCCUUAUACCAGUUGUGAAUAUUAAAGUUCUUUUUAUCUUG